AUGUCAGUCAUCAAUCAAAAGAUUCCAGUGGGUAUUCUGGGUGCUACAGGAACAGUAGGACAGCGGUUUAUUCAACUGCUUGAGUCUCAUCCUCGAAUGGUUGUUGCUGGAGUGGGUGCGUCCGAAAGGUCAGUUGGCAAGAUGUACAAGGAAUGUGUCAAUUGGAAGCUUGACACUCCUAUUCCUGAAGCUGCCGGAACACUCAUCAUUCAACCAUGCGAUCCAACAUUCUUUGUGAAGAGCAACUGUCGAAUUAUCUUCUCUGGACUGGACGCUGCAGUAGCUGGAGACAUUGAACUGGCCUUUCUCAAGGCUGAGUUGGCAGUCUUUUCAAACGCAAAGAAUCAUCGCAUGAAUCCUGCAGUUCCUAUUAUUGUGCCAUUAGUCAAUUCAAGCCAUUUUGAUAUGAUUCCUCAUCAACGCAGUUUGUUUUCAUUAAACCGAGGGUUUCUGAUCACCAAUGCAAACUGCUCGACUACUGGACUGGUCGUUGCUCUCAAGCCAUUACAAGACGCUUUUGGUCCUCUUUCACGAGUAGUAGUGACAACCAUGCAAGCAAUCUCGGGAGCAGGUUAUCCAGGUGUUCCUAGUCUGGAUAUUCUUGGAAAUGUAGUGCCAUUUAUUUCUGGUGAAGAAGAGAAGAUGGAAGAAGAAGCAUCCAAGAUUCUAGGCACUGUAUCCAAGACAGACUUUUCUUUUGUAACUGCUCAAGAUAUGCGACUAUCCGCGAGUUGCAAUCGUGUCGCUGUGAUUGAUGGUCACACAGAAAGUGUAUUUGUGGAAUUCAAACAACGACCUGCACCAACUAUUGAACAGAUCGAAACUGUACUUUCACAAUACGUCAGUGAACCUCAACGUCUUGGUGUUUAUUCUGCUCCAGAGAAAGCAGUGGUCGUCACGCACCUUCCCGAUCGUCCUCAGCCUCGACUGGAUGCUCGAAUUGGAAAAGGAAAUGCAGUGGUUAUUGGAAGAAUUCGUCCCUGCAACAUAUUUGAUGUCAAAUUUACUCUACUAUCUCAUAAUACUAUUCUGGGUGCAGCAGGAAGUAGUAUUAUGAAUGCAGAGAUUGCUAUUGCUCGUGGAAUGAUUUCAGAUUAA